GCUAGCUUCUUGGAGCAGCCAUGCAACGUUCACCAGCUAAUUUGUCCAAGAACUUUGCUCGCAAAUUCCUUAAUCCCGGCGGUCGGAACCCAAUCAGAACAAUACCAAGCCCAUCAUGCGCUGUGUUCUUAAACCACCGGGGAGAUGAUACGAGGAAAACUCUUACCGGGUUGCUCUAUGACCAUCUUUUCAGGUUGAGGCUUAGGCCUUUCCUCGACAGUCGAAACAUGAAACCUGGGGACAAGCUGUUCGACCAGAUCGAUAUCGCUAUCCGAAAUUGUAAGGUUGGCGUUGCUGUGUUCUCGCCCCGAUAUUGUGAGUCCAAGUUUUGUCUCUAUGAAUUGGCUUUGAUCAUGGAAUCCAAGAAAAGAGUUAUACCCAUCUUUUGGGACGUAAAACCAUCCCAGCUAUUGGUGAAGGACAAUGGAACUUGUUCGGUGGAGGAGCUUCAGAGAUUCAGCUUGGCACUCGAAGAAGCUAAAUAUACCGUAGGGCUUGCUUUCGAUUCGUCAACAGGGUACUUUCCAGUUUUCCUAUAA